AAGGUUACUAAGAGCAAGAGAAAAGUUUGAAACUGUUCUGACGGUAGACCAAGACCACAAGGGAAAGACUUGAACGCAAAAGAAACAUUGAAAAGGACUGCAUACUCAACAGAAAACUAAAGAUGGGUGACCCAAUCCAGUUGAAAGACGAAGGAAAUAAAUUCUUCCAGGCCGGAGAUAUUGACAAAGCUAUUGAAUGCUACACUAAUGCCAUAAAGGAGUCCAAAGACAAAAAGGUGUUGGCUGUUAUUUACAGAAACCGAUCUGCAUGUUACCUGAAGAAGGAAAAUUAUUCUGGUGCAGUAAAUGAUGCAACAAAAGCCAUUGAUGUUGAUGCAGCAGACAUAAAGGCCUUGUACCGACGAUGUCAGGCUCUGGAAAAACUAGGAAAAUUGGACAUGGCUUUCAAAGAUGUUCAGAGAUGUGCAACUAUUGAACCAAAAAACAAAACAUUCCUGGAGACUCUACGAAGGUUAGGAGCAGAAAUCCAGGCCAAGCUCAAAACAUCAUUUUCCACAGAUUCAAGAGUACAGAACAUGUUUGACAUUCUUCUUGAUGCAGAAAUGGAAACGGACAAAAAAGAAAAAGCAGCCAAUAACCUGAUAGUGCUGUCUCGGGAAGAUGCAGGAGCAGAGAGGAUCUUCCAGAAUAAUGGCGUGUCGCUGCUGCUCAACAUGAUAGAGACUGGAAAACCUGAGAUGAUUCUGGCGGCUGUCCGUACGCUGUCGGGAAUGUGCACAGGACACAAGGCCAGGUCUAUGGCAGUCGUUCAUAUGGUUGGUGUUGAGAAAUUGUGCAGCAUCAUGGCCGUGGACAAUGAGGAGAUCGCUCUGGCUACAUGUAAUUUAUUCCAGUGUGUCUAUGACUCCCUAACUGGAGCAGACAAACGGGAGUAUGGGAAAGAAGAAGCUCUGGUUUUAGAUACAUCAAAGCUGCUGAAGACAAUUCUCAUGUCCUUAUUGGAAAUGGUUGCCAGCAGUAAAGUAUCUGGUCAUGGCAGAGAUCAGGCCCUGAAUCUCUUAAGCAAAAAUGUCCCUCGUACAAACAAGAAGGACCCAGACCACAGCAGAUCACUGUUCACUAUUGACCAUGGUUUGAAAAAGAUCCUCAAAGUGUGUGGUCAAAUCCCAGAUCUCCCAAACCAGCUGCCCCUGACAGACAACACACAGCUUAUCGCCAGUGUGCUUUUGAACAAACUCUAUGAUGACCUCAAAUGUGACCCAGAACGACAGAACUACAAAGAUAUCUGUGAUGAUUAUAUCAAAGCUAAAAUUGACCCUAAUGACAUGGACAAAACCAUCCACGCCAUCAACGUGAUCUCAGGCCUUCUGCAGGGUCCCUUUGACGUAGGGAACGCUCUGGUGGGACGGCAGGGUAUUAUGGAGAUGAUGGUCGCUCUGUGUGGGUCUGACCGUGAGGUGGACCAGAUGGUGGCUGUGGAGGCUCUCAUUCAUGCCUCUUCAAAGAUGAGUCGUGCAGGCUUCAUCAUCACCAACGGAGUGUCCCUGCUCAAAGACAUCUACAAGAAAACCAAGAAUGAGAGGAUUAAGAUCCGUGCACUUGUGGGUCUCUGUAAACUGGGAUCAGCCGGCGGUGAUGAUUACGCACUGAGGCAGUUUGCUGAAGGCUCUACUGAGAAGUUGGCCAAGCAAUGUAGAAAGUGGCUGUGUAAUCCUCAGAUUGACACCAAAACAAGAAAGUGGGCUAUUGAGGGUCUUGCUUAUCUGACUAAUGAUGCAGAUGUGAAGGAUGACUUUGUUGAGGAUGAACUUGCACUGAAAGCCAUGUUUGAACUGGCCAAGUCAAAGGAUAAAACCAUCUUGUAUUCAGUUGCUGCCACUUUGGUUAAUUGCACAAACUCGUAUGAAAAGAAAGAAAUCCUCCCUGAGCUGGUUCAACUCGCCAAGUUCUCAAAGCAACAUGUACCGGAGCAGCACCCGAAAGACAAAAAGGAUUUUAUAAUGAAGAGAGUGAAGAGGUUGCUGAAGGCUGGGGUCAUAUCAGCCCUCGCUGUCAUGGUGAAAGCUGACAGCGCCAUUCUUACUGAUCAGACCAAAGAGAUGAUGGCAAGAGUUUUCUUGGCUCUAUCAGAGGACCCUAAAGACCGUGGUACCAUUGUUGCCCAAGGCGGUGGAAAGGCUUUAAUCCCUCUGGCUCUGGAAGGAACAGAUGCUGGAAAAGUGAAGGCCAGUCACUCCAUUGCCAAAAUUGCAUCCAUUUCAAACCCGGAAAUUGCAUUCCCUGGAGAAAGGGUGUAUGAAGUUGUUCGUCCCUUAGUCAGCCUGUUGAGCACAGAUAAAGAAGGAGUGCAGAACUUUGAAGCGCUUAGAGGUCUCACCAACUUGGCUGGUUUCAGUGAGAAGCUAAGAGUAAAGAUUGUGAAGGAAAAGGCCCUGCCAGAAAUUGAGAACUACAUGUUUGAGGAGAAUGAGAAGAUCAGACAAGCUGCCACUGAGUGCAUGUGCAACCUUGUGACGUGCAAAGAGGUUCAGGAUCGUUAUUUGGAGGAUGGUAAUGACAAGCUGAAGCUGUUGGUGCUGCUCUGUGGUGAGGACGAUGACAGUCUUCAAAUCGCUGCGGCUGGCGCUCUGGCCAUGCUGACUGCUGCACAGAAGAAGCUUUGCAAGAAAAUGACAGUUGUGACUGCCCAGUGGUUGGAGAUCCUACAGCGUCUCUGCCUCCACCCAAACCCAUACAUCCAGCACCGCGGCAUCGUCACCGUCUACAACAUGCUCAACGCGGACGACAUAGAGCUUAGCAAGAAGCUGAUCGAGAGCGAGCUUCUGGAGAUCCUGACUGUGAUUGGAAAAGCUGCAGACAAUCCCAAACGCCAGGAGCCCAUAAACGCAGCACGAGAAUGUCUGAUCAAAGCUAUGGACCUGGGCCUCAUUAAACCAUUCACCACUGCCUCCUAAGAUGUCCACCACGAUUCAAUCUCCAAACAUCAAUCUGAACAUUUUAAACCUUUUUUUUUACAUUGAAGAUAUUUAUUGACCCACAUUGUCUCAAGGUCGAACUAGAUAAUUGCAAUAUUUAAACAAACUUCUUUUUGUAGAAAGAAAUGAUAAUGUAUGUUUGAAAGUAAAAUUGUGAGUCGUUUUGUUUUUGAAGACUCAUUUUCAUAUUGUAUUUCACUUGCUAUACUUUUUGAUUAAUAAAAUGUUUUUUGACUGAU